UCAUGGCAGGCAUUUGCAUUUCCCUCCAAAGUCGCAUUCAGUCUUCCGGAGCUCUCUGUCGUCUACUUUCUGCGUCCGCUAAACUCCCACCUUCAUUUAUUAACUCUGUAAUUUUAGAGACCGACGGUGGAGGAGAACUUGUUUUUUGAAAGCCAAGUGAAGCGACGACCUACUGGCCUUUGGUAGACAUGUUUCUGCCUACAUGAGCAUGUGGCUUUGCUUAAUAGCACAGCCACAUACAGCCACAUGGGGUUUUCUUCUGCUCUUCGCUCCAAUCUUCCGGCCAACACCUCCCCAAAGUUGUUCUCGCUGAGGUUCAGUGUGAAGCAGAACAGACCGAAUUUUAUAAAAGUUUCAAAGACAACAAGACCUUCAAGGUGGAUUGUCAAAUCAGCCUUAAAUGGCAGCAAGCCGAAGUUUAAUGACAAUGGGGCAACUGAACCUGCAAGGAUUCUUCUUGAGAGAUUGUUUGCUCAGACACAGAAACUUGAAGAAGAGAUGAGCGGAGAUUCUCAGCUUCCCAAGGAUGUUCAACCAGGGUUCAACCUUGAAAUCCUGGAGUCUGAUCUUCUGGCUGUUUUGGAAGCCUUGAGGAAGAAGGAAGAGGAUCUUCAACACGCAGAAAAACAGGUUUUGUCAGAGCACAACGAUUUAAACCGUGCAAAGGAGGAGUUGGAGCAACGAGAAAAAGAAAUUGCUGUUGCAUAUUCUAAGCAUGAAAAACUAGAAGGGGAGGUGAAGGAGGCAAAUCUUAACCUAGCUUUUCAAGCCAGGCAGAUUGAAGAUUUAAAGCUUCAACUUAAGGAGAGGGAGGAGGGGGUGGUUGCUGCACAAUCUGCUCUAUUUGUAAAGGAACAUGAAAUGGAAAAAAUGACAAGUGAGCUGACAAAGAAGAGUGAGGAAGUUACUAAAAUUGACUCUGAACUGAAAUACAAGGCUCAACUCUUGGAUGAAGCCAAUGAAAUUGUAAAGAAACAAGAAAUUGAGAUUCAAGGACUAAAAAAUGCUCUCCAAGAGAAAGAAGAAGAACUGGAAGUUUCUAUGACUCUUAGAAGACUUGAAGAGGAGAAGUUAAAAGUUGCAGAGGCCAAUUUAGAGAAGCAGACAAUGGAAUGGUUAAUAGCACAGGAGGAACUGAAGAAGUUGAGAGAUGAAACAUCUAAACAUAUGGUAGAAGCUAAUGAAACUGUGAAGGAUUUCAUAAGAGUGAAAAAGCUUCUAGUUGAUGUGAGAUCUGAGCUGGUUUCUUCACAGAAAUCUCUGGCAUCCUCCAGAAAGCGAAUGGAAGAACAGGAGCAGCUAUUAAAAAAGCAGCUAGUGGAACUUGAAGAAGAGAGGAAGAGUGUAAUAUCUUACAUGACUAGUUUGAAAGAUGCCCAAAUAGAAGUUGAGAGUGAGAGAGUAAAACUUAGGUUUGCAGAGUCUCGAAACAAGGAGCUUGAACAAGACUUAUCCUUGGAGAAGGAGCUCAUGAAAGAGUUACAUGAGCAGUUGAAGAAGGAGAAAUCUUCUUUGAAGCAGGCAAUGAAGGAGAUGUCUUCUUUACAGCAGGAACUAGAGGGAAAAAAUACUGAAUUGGGGGAAAUUCAUGGUAUUCUUCAGUUUAAAGAAUCAGAAUUGGUGGAGGCUAAGCUAGAAAUUCAGCAUUUGAAAUCUGAGCAGUCUUCUCUUCAGCUUCUCUUGGAGGAGAAAGAUUUGCAACUCUUUAAUGCAAAGAAGAAGCUGGAGGAAGUAGACCGGGAGGUUGCUGAGCUAAAGAUGCUUUUGAGCAGUAAAGAAGACCAAUUAAUUCAAGCCACAAAUAUGCUAAAGGAGAAAGAGGAGCAUGUUCAGAUGAUGCAAGAUGAGCUGAAUAACACAAGGAUGAAAAUGUCUGAAGCUGAAACUGUAGUGGAACGGAUUGUAGAACUUACAAACAAACUGGUUAUUACCGUCAAGGAUGAAGACUAUAAUGCAUUUGGGCAAUCUGAGAGCAUGGGCUUGGAGCUCAUUCGACAACCAUUGGACAAGUCAAGUGAUGAUUUUAGUUUGCAGAAGAAACAGCUUGAAAGUGAGCUCAAGCUGACCAGAGAGAGCUUAAGAAUGAAAGAAAUGGAACUCCUAGCUACACAGAGGGCUCUCACAAUCAAAGAUGAGGAGCUCAAAGCAGUUAUUGAGAGAUUAGAUUCCAGGGAAAAGGAACUAAAAGGACUCAAGGACGAAAUGGUUACAGAUGCUAAUGAUCUGAAAAAGCUUUAUUCUUUGGCACAAGAGAGAAUUGGUGAGAAAAGUAUUGGGGACCUGGCUAUCGAGAAGCUACAACUUGAGGCAGCUCAACUGGAAGUUGAAGCUGCAACCAUUGCUCUGCAGAAGCUUGCUGGGAUGAGUCGAGAACUUCUGAAUAAAGCUAGUCUGAGCAUUGAUGCUGAUACUGAUGUUGAUACGUUCACACAAAAUGGCCCUGAUUAUCAGAUAGGCACAUUUGAGAACAAUGAAAGUUUGAAGGAGGUUAAAACAGGUGUUGCUCGAUUGUCAGCUUUGACUGAGCAGCUGGUGAAAGAAGCUGGUGUUGUCGGUAGAGAGUAAUGAGAUACUGAAGCUAGUCACUAAAUUCUGUUCAUAGUGGCCAAAUUCUGUUUAUAGGCAUGAUGUUGACUAUUUUCUUUAGUACGUGAGCAUAAUGUUGUAUAUAUUAAGUCAAUUGUAGUAGUGUCAAAUUCUUGUUGUAUGAUAAAUGUAAACCGAGCCUAUGUUUCUUUUA